AUGCACACCCAUUUCCAUCUCUCGCCCUCAACCAUUCUCCUCUUGGCUGCCUCCUCCCUCGGCAUCAAUUCUCGCCGCCUCCUUUUCCAUUCAACUCCGCUUUUCUCCGCCUCUUGUGCUCGAGCUCAGUUCGCCUCCGAGGACAUGCCAAGUUCUCAGAGAAUGUGUGGCCGCUUGCAUUCACUCGACGUAUCAAUGCCUUUGCGACAACCACGCAUCGGACGAUUAUCUGUCCCCCCUUACUCGAUUAACUUCUCCUGCUCCGAAAAUGGAACCGUCAGAAUUUUUUGUUUGAGUUCACUUGCAAAGGUGGGUCCUCAUCCAGAUACUUCGCUCUGGUGCCAGAAAAUGUCAAGUUUAUCUCGACUUGUACAACAAAAGAAGCCCCCUAAUCUCGGCCUAUCGAAGAUGCGCCAAUAUGCCGGCAAUUAG